AAUAUAUUUCAUUCACUCGUUUUCUUCGGCUUCUCUUCUCUCUUACCAUUGUGUAUUUCUCUCCUUCACUACUCCACACUGCGCAUUUUCUGAUAAACUCCAGUAACUCUUUAUCUUCCCCAUCCCUCUGCAACUCCUCCAGUACUACUUUCCAUCACUUCUCAGACUUCAAACCCUACUUCCCCUUGCUUUUCUCUUUUCUUCUUAGACACUCAAGACACUUUAAAUUUUAUUUUUCUUACCAGUUUAUAUAAUUUAAAGAAAAUUAUAGGCUACGCAUAUAUAUAGCAAUGGAUAUUGGCCAGUACAAAUCAGAGGAGCAGAUGGAGAUGACGAUGAUGAUGAUACAAAUGGAAAAAAUCUCUGAGCUCUGCGGUGCCUACAACAACGAUGUGGUUUCCGACCUGCCGCCGUCCGAUCACAAUUUCUCAUCCACCACAACUAGUCCUAAUAGUCUCAAGGCCACCAUGUCACAUUACACCGACCAAAACACACAUAACAAUAAUAUUCAUUCACCAAACUCACAAUCCUUCCUAAACCUCCCAACAAUCCCAUCUACCGUUUCAUUCACCAACACAAACCCUACUGACCAAACAAACGGCACGUCACCGUCGCAAAAACGUGCUUCGAUGGCAGCCAUGAGGGAGAUGAUAUUCCGGAUUGCAGCCAUGCAGCCGAUCAACAUCGACCCAGAAUCCGUUAAGCCACCAAAGAGAAGGAACGUGAAGAUUUCUAAGGACCCUCAGAGCGUGGCGGCCCGGCAUCGGAGGGAGAGGAUUAGUGAGAGGAUUAGAAUUCUGCAGAGACUUGUCCCGGGCGGGACAAAAAUGGACACCGCUUCCAUGCUAGAUGAGGCCAUUCACUAUGUCAAGUUUUUGAAGACUCAGGUCCAAACGCUGGAGAGAGCUGCGACUAAUAGGCCUACCGGGAUUGGAUUUCCUGUGGCCAUGUCUAGUCGGAGCUACAUUUCUAACUCUAUGUCUGAGGUUUACGAAGCUUCUCAUCAUCAUCAGAAUGUGCAGCAUUUCGAUCGGUGACGCUUAAUUAUUGAUUAAUAAUUAGUCCAACUGGUUAAUUGUUUGAUUGUGGGGUUGUAAAUUAGGAACAUGCAUGAAACUAUUGUGAUCUUCGUCGAUCUUACAUAGUUUUAAGCUUACUUGUAAUCCAUGUUCUCUUUUCUAUUAAUUAAAUAAUAACAUCCCUUGGUUUUCAUGAAA